AAGCUGAUAGGUGGAAACAAUUAGAACAAAUACAUAUUCCGUGGUUAUAAAUGACCAAGGUUUAAUAGAUUGACAACGUUGAUCACUGUUGUCAAUUCAGGAAAGAAGAAUCUUGAUUAUUAUUAUUUGUUCAGGAACGUUAACGUGAUUUUAACAUUACCAUAAGAAUAGAAGUUCAUCAUCGAGGAGAGCUGAAACAAGGUGUUUCAACUCUCCUAGAUCAAGAAGUAAGGCUUGAUCCACAAUUUACAAUUUAUACCUCGCAAAGAUAGAAAGAAACGUAUACAAUUCAUAAAUGGUAACUCUUAGACUAUAUAAUAGUGAUAUUACAUGAUCGAACAUUACUUAAUAUCUUAAUAAAAUAACGAAAACUUACUUUUGCUCAUUUUUUGUAGUGUGUUUACCGUAAAUACUCAACCACUUAUUUAACGUAAUUGGCUUGUAUUGGAGGGUUUAUGGGUACGAUAUAAAUAAAUCAAAUGCAUUAUUGUUUUAUCCCUAACGGUACUGUUUCGCUAGUAAUGGGCACUGUUUCAACUCUCCUCUGUUUCAAAUCUCCUCGGUUUCCCCUAUAUGAUAAUUAUCGGCAAAACUAUACGUUGGAAACCCAAGAUCAUUAAGUUUCUAGAACAAGCCAUCUGUUAAGUAAUCAAAAUUGUGAUAAUCGUGAACACCCCUAUUUAGUACAGCAGCAAUAGUGAUCUCGCUUGAUCGCUCUAGGUAGAAUCCUCUCCUCUUAUCACCUAUCCCUCUGAUAGGGUGAGCGAGAUAUCUGAAUAGGCCUUUGAUUCCCUUUCUGCACAGAUGAUAUAAAAUCAAUAUACCACUGCCAGUUUCAGUUAGUUAUAAUAAAAAUUUCGUUUCCUUCGCAUCUAACUCUGUAUCGUCUAUUAUACAAAGCAGAGCAUAAAGACAAACCAUUCCAACACUUUGAUUCCGACCAUAUUGAUAGUCCGAAAACCCAACAUAAAAUGGUCCUUCGAACCGGAUGCGAAGGUCGGAUGGUCGGUCAAAGUGUUUAAGUCAGUUCGCGGAAAGUUUAUGAACAAAUACCGGGUCGUGAAUCGGUGAUAGUUGCGACGUUCGUUUGGCGGUAAAAUAAGUUUCGCGCGUGUCGAAAGUUAUCUAUCACGAACAAUAGUGCUACUGUGAAGACUGAACAAUAGUGAAUUGUGCAAGCAAUAAAAGUACGUUACUGUUCCUAACGAACUCGGAACAUAUACAACAAACUGAAAAGUGAUUUACAAAUAAAGCUACUAAAGCUGAAAGUGCGCGUCAUCACGAAAGAACGGAAAAUCUGCCCAAGUGAGUGUACGCAUUGGCGUGGUCGACGGAUUAUUGUACCGCGUGGCGUUGUAAGUUGGCGUGGCUUGGUUGGGGAGACAAAGGAGCCACCGACAAAGGACCCUGGGACAAAAGGCAAGGUUAUCAGGCGGACCGCGUGCCCUCGUGCACUGAUAGUACUGUAAGUAGGAGCGAGUUGAAGCACUAACCCAUUAUACAAUUGAUGGAAUCGAAAUUUUCGAUUUUUGUGAAUUAGGCGUUCUGCUGAUUUGAAGCUUGUGAUUUACGAUUGUUGCUAGUACUAACACGGUGGUGGAGACAGGUCAUCUUAUUUCUGGCGGUAGCUUGGUCACCCUUGAGAAUUCACUUCAUUGAAGUUCGGCUCGUGUUUAGCGAGUUAUAUUCGAGAAUGUUUGAUCGUUCGUGGAUUUUGGUGACCUCGUGAGAAAAUGGCUCCAAAUUUAAGAGCACUCUGCAAGCAGGAACGUUUUUGUCUUGACACUAUGCGCAAUCUGUUAGACUUCAUGCAAAGUUAUAAUGAACGCCGGGACAAGGAUCAACUUCCAGUUUGGAGAGAGCGACUGGAGGAGAUUUUCGAAAAAUUCCAGAACAACCGUUUGCAAAUGGACCUUCUAGAAGAAGAAGCUCAGUACCAUGAUGCUAGUUCGUUGCAAGGGAUUGAUGAAGCAGAAGGUGAAGUUGACCUUGGUCCAAAGGUAGAUGCUAGCCGCAAGGCACGUGAUGAGUUUGAAUUGAACUAUGUUAGGGUAAAGAGCUUCCUAAUCGCAGCAGAAAGCAAAGCUAAUCCGCCACAAGCCAACGCAAUUGCAGUACCUUCUGCAUCCUCUCGGGCUACUGAUCCAGCAGUUUCCCGAAUUAAACUUCCUGAAGUCAAACUUCCGUCUUUUGAUGGUUCUCUUACUGAGUGGCUCACUUUUCGUGACACUUUUCGAAGUUUGAUCGAUUCUAACCCUCAACUGUUGGACAUCGAUAAGUUCUCUUACUUGGUAGCGUCGCUAUCCAAGGAAGCAAAAAGGGUUGUCGAAUCUAUAGAAAUAACGUCAGCCAAUUAUUCCGCAGCGUGGAACUUAUUAAAACAGCGUUUCGAUAAUAAGAAGCUGGUAGUCAAAACGUAUCUCGAUUCGCUUUUCUCCAUUGAACCCAUGAAGCGGGAAUGCUACGAUUCUCUCGUCCGACUAAUAGACGAUUUCGAGCGUAACCUACAAAUGAUCGCGAAAAUGGGCAUCGACACUGAGGGCUGGAGUAUUCUGUUGGCCCACAUGGUCUGUUCGCGACUCGACUCGUCUACACUGAAGCAAUGGGAAAAUCACAACAACUCAACGGAAGCUCCCAAGUACCGAGACAUAAUGGAGUUUCUGCGUCGUCACAGUACUAUUCUUCAAUCCAUCGCCCCUUCGAAAGCUCGCAGCUCUGAUCCGCCACGGUUGGAACCCACUCGACCGCAGAAAACAAGGUUUAGCAGCAUUCAUUCAGUAACCGGCACUACUCCAAGGUCGUGCCCAUUCUGUAAGCAGGCAAUCCACUCUCCGUUCAAGUGUGAAGCGUUUAGGAACUCAUCAGUUCAGCAAAGAUACGAGUUAGUGAAAAGAAAGUCCCUCUGCAUAAACUGCCUCUCUCCAGACCACCAAAUCAAAAACUGCGCUUCCAGUGCGUGUCGUGUUUGUGGCCAAAAACACCACACAAUGUUACACCAGCAGACUAGCAAUCGUAAUCCAACCCAAGCUCAAGCUCUCAAACCAUCUACACAGACGCCCAGCACAGAUCAAACUCAGUCUCAAACUCAGAACGCUCGGAGUACACCAAUUGUUUCAAAUCAGUCUUCCUCGCAAACCAAUCCUACUGAUGGACAGGUGCCAUCGUCAUCGUCGUUCAGUCAUUGCUCUACCUCCUUGACAGCCAAUGUUCGCAGAAUACCAUCGGCUGUCUUACUGCAGACAGCGAUAGUAAAGGUGUUUGAUCCCGCUGGUCACUCUCUGUGGGCAAGAGUAUUACUCGAUCCCGCUUCACAAAUUAAUGUUAUCGCAGAACGCUUUGCACAGCGCUUGAUGUCACGCUUAGUCAAAAAUCAUCAUGUCAUCGGUGGCAUCGGAAAGGCCACCAUAGUUUCUACUCAUUCCGUUUUCGCUCGCAUCCAAUCGCACUGUUCGGACUUCAGUGCUGAUCUAAGGUUCCAUGUUUUGAGGGAAAUUACACACGAAUUACCCUCGACUACCAUUAACACCUCUGAAUGGAAUUGGCCAUCAGAUGUUGUCUUAGCUGAUCCCAAAUUUCACGAGCCAGCCUCAAUUGACAUGAUCAUAGGAGUAGAGGUUUACUACGAACUUCUCCUCGAUGGACUCAUUCGACUGGGUCCCGGAAAACCAGUACUGCAGAAUACAGCCCUGGGAUGGGUAGUCUCAGGCAGAGUAGGAGUUGUACAAUCAAACCAAACUGCACCUAGUAUUGUUCACGUCUGCAGUACAGAAGCCUUAGAAGACCAGUUAGCCAGAUUUUGGGAGCUGGAAUCCUGUCAAUCGUCAAGCAUCAUGUCCGUUGAAGAAACUACAUGUGAAGCACAUUUUGCUGCUACCACAAGUAGAGAUGAAUUCGGUCGAUUUGUAGUGGUACUUCCCAAGAAACCAUCAGUCAUUCCACUGCUGGGAAAUUCAUACGAAAUAGCCAAACGUCGUUUUCUUUCCUUGGAGCGUCGUCUUCAAGCUGAGCCAAAUCUAAAAACCGCAUAUUCAACAUUUAUUCAUGAAUACCGUCUGCUGAAUCAUAUGCAAGAAGUACCAGAAAGUGUGCAAACUAACUCGCAUCCUACGUACUACCUCCCACAUCACUGCGUAGGUCGCCCAGAAAGUGUGACCACUAAAUUGCGUGUUGUGUUCGAUGCCUCUUGUGCCACCGACACCGGCAUUUCGUUGAACGAUGCACUCAUGGUGGGACCAGUAGUGCAAGAUGACCUCAUCUCAAUCACAUUGCGGUUUCGGAUGUCACGGUACGCCAUCAUCUCUGACGUGGAAAAAAUGUACCGGCAAAUCUGGCUCCAUCAGUCGGACCAUUCUCUACAGAGAAUCCUAUGGAGAAACGAACCGUUCGAACCGAUUCGAACCUAUGAGUUGACAACCGUCACUUAUGGGACCUCUGCUGCACCGUAUCUAGCGACCAAAUGUCUUCAGGAACUUGCCAAAUUGGGGCAAUCAUCGCAUCCUGCAGCAGCACAAGUUGUGGCUAACGACUUUUAUAUGGACGAUAUGAUCAGUGGCGUAAAUAGUGUCGAAGAAGGGAAAAUUCUGUGCACACAACUUCUGCAGCUUUUCCAAUCCGUCGGGUUUAGUCUUCGCAAAUGGUCGACGAAUUCUCCCGAUAUUUUAGCGCAUAUUCCAGCUGAACUCCGUGAUGAACGCACUGUCUUCGAUCUAGAUCUGUCCUCAUCAGUAAAAACUCUGGGGCUUAAAUGGGAGCCUGCGUCCGACAGAUUCCGCUUCCAAGUACCGAAAUGGAGUGAAUCGACUACCAUUACAAAGCGGAUAGCUCUUUCCGACUCCGCUCGUCUUUACGAUCCCCUAGGACUGGUGGGACCUGUUAUCGUGCUCGCUAAAUUGUUUAUGCAGGAGCUGUGGCGAAACCAGAGGACGUGGGAUGAACCUUUAGAGGAAGAAGUUCAACAACGUUGGUUGCAGUUUAGAGCAAAUCUCACAUCACUCGAACAUCUAACGGUUCCUCGAUGGGUCGUACCAUGCAUAGAACCCACCAUUGUGGAAGUACAUGGGUUCUGUGAUGCCUCCGAAAGGGCCUACGGGGCCUGCAUAUAUCUGCGAACAGUUUGUGCCAAUGGCAAUAUAUCCGUUCUACUCCUUACUUCGAAGUCAAAAGUCGCCCCUCUCGGCGACAGUAAAAAGCAGAAAAAGAUCUGCUUGCCUCGCUUAGAGCUCUCGUCAGCGUUGUUACUCAGCCACCUCUAUCAGAAGGUUCAGCAAAGCUUAAAGCUACAAUUGAAAUCCUUUUUUUGGACCGAUUCCAUGAUUGCACUAUACUGGCUAUCAGCGAACCCGUCCCGGUGGAAAACUUUCGUCGCUAACCGGGUUUCUGAAAUCCAACAUCUGACGAAGGAUGGAAUUUGGGCUCACGUGCCCGGGAUCGAGAACCCCGCCGACAUAAUCUCCCGUGGAAUGCUACCUGCCCAGCUGAUGGAGACUACUGCAUGGUGGGAAGGCCCACCAUGGCUGCAACAACCGGAGCGGUUUCGGCCACCACUAGUUAGGUCAACCCAUGAAGACUUCCCUACUGAAUAUUUGGAGGAAAAAUUGUCAGUUAUGUCCGUUCAAGUGAAAGCACCUUGUUUCAUCUUCAGUCUGCGAUCGUCUUAUAAUGCUCUAGUUCGGCUAGUAUCAUACUUGCUACGAUUUACCCACAACUGCAAACCGGCACAUCGGUCGGACCGUAAGGUCGGUUUCCUAUCAACCAAUGAGAUUACCGAAGCUGUAAACGUGUUAGUGAAAAUUUCGCAGAAGGAAUGUUUUGCUGAAGAAAUCCGAGCCAUCACUGUUGACGGACAAGUCAAGCCUAAUUCCAGAUUGAAAACGCUGACACCGAUCCUGAAAAAUCAAAUUCUCCGGGUUGGUGGUCGGCUCGAAAAUGCACCAAUCGCUGAUGAUAGAAAACAUCCUAUGAUUCUGCAUCCAAACCAUCCUUUCACCGAGUUGAUUGCAGAUCAUUACCAUAAAAAACUUCUGCAUGCUGGCCCGCAACUUAUUAUUGCAAACAUGCGAGAGAAGUUCUGGCCACUACGAGUGCGAAAUUUGGCACGAAGGGUGGUGCACAGUUGCAUUAAAUGUUUUCGUUGUAAGCCAACUAUCUUAGAGCAGCUUAUGGGAGAACUGCCUCCUGAACGAGUAACACCAACCUUCCCGUUGCUGACCACUGGUGUCGAUCUGUGUGGACCCUUUUAUUACCGCCAUGCUGGUCGCAAAUCAUCUCCCACCAAAGGCUUCGUCGCAAUAUUUGUGUGCCUCGUAACAAAGGCGGUGCACAUUGAAUUGGUAGCCGACCUCUCAACCAAUGCAUUUGUUUCGGCUCUAAAAAGAUUUGUAGCACGUCGCGGCCUACCAGCAGUCAUUGAAUGCGACAACGCAAAGAAUUUCGUUGGUGCAUCUCGGGAGCUAGCAGAACUAGCCAAACAGUUUGCCUCUCAGCAGCAUCAGCACGUUGUUACCUCACAUUGCAGCGAGAACGGCAUCUGGUUUAAAUUUAUUCCUCCUCGGUCUCCGAACUUCGGCGGCAUUUGGGAGGCCGCAGUUAAAUCCUGCAAGAAGCAUCUGAAGGCCACUCUCGGAACUGCUAUAUUAAUGAAGGAUGACCUAGAAACGCUCCUUACGCAAACCGAAGGUUGCCUGAAUUCCAGGCCGCUCACGCAGCUGUCAUCUGACCCAGAGGACUUAGAAGUGCUCACCCCUGGGCAUUUCCUAGUAAGCCGCCCUCUUGUAGCUAUACCAGAACCAUCGUACGAAGCCAUACCGAAAGGACGUCUAGACCGUUAUCAGCAGACCCAAGAGUAUCUUCGUCGUAUCUGGAAGCACUGGAGCAUGGAUUAUCUAUCCGGCCUGCUCCCGCGGACAAAAUGGACCCGUCAACGUGACAACGUAACCAUCGGAACGAUGGUACUUCUGAAGGAAGACAACCUACCUCCACUCAAGUGGCGACUCGGCCGUAUCACCCAAAUCUUCCGCGGCGAUGACGGCAACGUUCGAGUGGUCUCGGUGAAGACCAAAGAUGGCGAGCUUCGGCGCGCUAUUUCCAACAUUUGUGUACUACCAGUGAGAAAGCCAGCAACCGCUGGUGAUGAGGACUCGCUCUCCGAUUCGUAACUACUUUAUUCAUUAGUCGUUUCGAUUUGCAUGUGCAUGCUCGCUUUAAAUUGCAAACCUAAUGCUUUCUACAUUCCAUGUCCAAUUAUUAAACGCUCCGAAAUUAAUCUGAUUGGUACUGUGAUCAACGCCAUCCGGCUUACCAAUCAAACGCACUGGCUGAGAUGUGUAUCCACCCACUACCCAACGGAACAACCCCCUUUGAUGUUGAGGAUUUCGUCAGGCGCAACAGAUUUUCUGUGGGGUACAACUACAAUCAAACGAAUGCAACGAUGACGUCAGAAGCCAAUUACUGGAUGCCCAUUCAUCGAGAAGACACAGUACCAACGACCAACACUUCAUGUCAUCUCAACGCAUAGUGCAGAUGAGCUGAGCAGCUGAUCGACAGACGGUCGAUAUCCAUAUCAACAAACCGAAGAAGCACGUGCCAUACAACCGAAGAACAUUUCGUCGCACCCAAACAAACCGAAGAUCAUACAAUCUAUAGAUUGUGAAUUGCAAACAAUAUUUGUAUAAAAUUAAUAAUCGCUUUAGUUAGUAUUAAGUUGAAAAGUGAAACUUUCAACGGUGGCCGGCUAUGUUAAGUAAUCAAAAUUGUGAUAAUCGUGAACACCCCUAUUUAGUACAGCAGCAAUAGUGAUCUCGCUUGAUCGCUCUAGGUAGAAUCCUCUCCUCUUAUCACCUAUCCCUCUGAUAGGGUGAGCGAGAUAUCUGAAUAGGCCUUUGAUUCCCUUUCUGCACAGAUGAUAUAAAAUCAAUAUACCACUGCCAGUUUCAGUUAGUUAUAAUAAAAAUUUCGUUUCCUUCGCAUCUAACUCUGUAUCGUCUAUUAUACAAAGCAGAGCAUAAAGACAAACCAUUCCAACACUUUGAUUCCGACCAUAUUGAUAGUCCGAAAACCCAACACCAUCGGCACAAGGUUUCAUAGAAGUGGUGACAGCACACCGCCUUGAGAACAUCCGCAGACAUUCAGUUUCCUUAUCUAUACUUGCCUUAACGAUGAGCACAGAUGUCGGUUGCUAAGCAUUGCGUGUAUCCAGUUCGUGAUACAUGAAGGUACUCCAUGACCUCGUGCUGCUUCCGAAAUGGAUUCGAAAGACACGUUAUCAAACGCACCUUCAAUAUCGAGAAAAACUCCUAAACUUGAUUACCUUUGUGAAAAAGCUUUUUCAAUGUUGUAGACAAUAUUGUGUAACAGGGUGGUAGUAGACUUUCCCCGCCGAUAUGCAUGUUGCAUUGCAUGCAACGGGUGCUCGCCCAAACUGACAUCUCGAAUAUAGUGGUCGACUAAACGCUCCACUGAUUUGAGAAGGAAGGAGGUCAGACUGAUCGGUCUAAAGCUCUUUGCCUCCUCAUACGCGGCCACCUUUGGUAAUAAAUUUGACAGUUAUUUUCCGCCACGCUAAUGGAAUGUAUCCUGUUGCAAGACUAUAAGUUAGAAUCUUUUUCAAAAUAUGCUUGAAGCGUUCAUAUGCUCUUUGUAGUAGAACUGGAAUGAUUCCAUCCUUUCCCGGAGACUUAUACGGAGCAAAACUUCCAAUCUCCCAUUUGGUCGAUUCAGUUGUCACGGUUGGUUGUCGAGCAAAUACCCAAGAAUCAGAGCUAGCUGAAAAGAACUCAGAGGCAGUCGUCAGUGAUGGCUCUGUAUAGCCUGGAAAGUGUGUGUCAAAAAGACAGCUGAGCACUAGUAACUUAUUUAUGCUACUAUGAGUGAGCUUGUUUUAUCCACGACCUCAUCCAAGUCACUUGGAAAUAACGACGGUUUGAGCUCGUUUGGUACGAGUCAGUUUGCCAACUCAUGCGUAAUACCGUCAGAGCAGAGAGUUACAUCUAACACCUCUUCUCUGACAGCUCGUGCAAAGGUUUGGCGGUUCCAUGCAUUAAGUAUGUGCAGAUUUGUGCUAUUUAAGUAUCCCAUUAAUUCGGUGUCUCUCAAAUUGAUAUCUGAGCUGCCCCAAAUUAUGUGGUGGGUGAUUAUGAAAGAAAACCCAUUUCUGCCACAAUAUGAUACAACCCUUUUGAAAUCAUCAGUAGGCGAUGCACAGUGUUUCCAAAUAUGCAAAAACGUGAUCGAAAUUGUUUUGUCCACGAAAAAACGAUUUUCGAGCUAUAGUGUUGUCAGCAAAGUUUGUUUAUAAAAUACUCCCCAUCUUUUUAAAGUAUUGGUUUGGUGAUUAAUCCCCCUAAAGCGGAGAAACAAACUUUUAUUUGGUUAUUUAUGAAAAUAAUUAAAAACUGAAUUCGGCAAAGUUAUAGGGAAUAUAAUA